GAAUUCGUUCAGUCUCGUCACAAACUCCACCAGACCACCAUCAUGAAAUUCUUGGCUCUCGCCCUUCUUCUGGCUGUCGGCUCUCAUGCCGCUUCCCUGCAGGCUGAUGCACCCUCCCAGCUGGCCCAUAUCCGGGCUGCUAUGGAUGUCUACAUGACUCAGGUGAAGGACAGUGCCCUUAAAGCCCUGGACCAGCUCGAUGACACCGAGUACAAGGAUCUCAAGGCCUCCCUGGCUCAGCGUAUGGAGGAUAUGCACACUCAGAUCAAGACUCUGCAGCAAUCCGUUUCCCCCGUCACUGACAAUGUCGUCGCCACCAUCUCCGACGCCACCAGUGACCUCCGUACCUCUAUCAUGAAUGAUAUUGAAACCCUGAAAGCCGACCUUGAGCCCAAACGUGCUGCACUGAGAGAGGUCAUCGACCGACACAUCCAGGACUACCGUACAAGGAUGGAACCCAUCAUCACCGAGUAUUCCGCCAAGCACACAGAGCACAUGGAUGCCCUGAAGGCCAGGCUGGAGCCUGUUGUGGAGGAGCUGCGCGCCAAGGUGGCUACCAACGUGGAGGAGACCAAGACCGCCCUGAUGCCCAUUGUUGAAGCUGUGCGUGCCAAGCUCUCUGAGCGUCUGGAACAGCUGAAGCAGAUGGCUACUCCCUACGUCGAGGAAUACAAGGACCAGCUGCAGCAGGCCUAUGCCCAGGCGCAGAAUGUAAAUGCUGAUGACAUCAAUGCCCUGAGGACGAAGAUCGCACCUAUGGUCGAGGACAUCAAGACUCAGCUCAACUCUAUCUUCCAGGCCAUCUCUGAAUCCGUCACCAAGAACUAAAUCCUCCCUAUCCUCUUCCUGUAACUAACCUCACCUAACCUACCUGUCAGUCCUAUCCAUUCCACCUUUCUCUCCAUUCCUUCUUUCCUUAUAUGUGCAGCCAAACCACCUACCAAAAUAAAGCCAAUGUCUAACUGAUGCACUUCUUUGCAACAAAAUGGCGGGACUCUUGUUCUCUCUCUCCCAAGCAAACACCUUACUUUAGGCGCACAUGCUCAAUCAAGCACAUGCAAGCAAAGCCAUACACAGACACAUGCAUACUCAGCACAUACAUGCUUUACUCUUCCAAUGCUAUAGCCAACGGCGUACAUUUUGUGUAGGACUUGUAUGUGAGGAAUUACCACAAGUGCCUGAAACUCUGUGUAAUGAUGCUUGUCUGAUGAAAACUGUGCAUUGACGAAAUACAGCUCAAUAAACAUCUGGCUGUUUAUAUUA